AUUCUACCAUUCUGUAGAAAAGAGCAGUGAGAGAAUCAGAAAGAAAGCAUUGAUUCGAAGCAGCGAGCAGAAAGAAAAAUGGUGAAGUUCAUGCUGUUAAUCAAGGCGGAGCUCGAUAACAUCACCGACCUUCAGCCACAAGGCGGCUGUGAUGAUGAUAACUUCCGUUACUACUUCAAGCUUAAGUGUACCCUUUGUGGUGAGAUCACCCAAAAGGAGACUUAUGUGAGGUUGGUUGAAACUGUUCCUCAUCCCGUUGGCAAGGACCACACCCGCCUUGGCAAGGGCCACACCCACCUUGUCCAGAAGUGUAAGUUCUGUGGCAGGGAUGGUACAAUAACCAUGAUCAGUGGCCUCGGCCGUCCUCUGACUCACGCUGAUAGUGCAGCUGGAAAGAGUGCACCUUUGAUGUUAUUUGAUUGCAGGGGUUUUGAGCCGCUGGAUUAUGUUUUCCGAGGAGAAUGGGAAGCCGAAUCUCUUAAGGGAACGAUUUUUGAAGGCAUUGAUUUAUCUGGAGAUGAGUUUGUUGAGUAUGAUGAGAGGGGGGAGGCUCCAGUGAUGACUUCCAGACCAAGUGCCACUUUUAAUGUAGUGAAGUAGAUCCUCCAUUGCUCUAUUGUGUGUUGCUGGUACAUUGAAAGGGAAGUAUAACUGUUUUGCACUGUCAGUGUGUAAGUCGCUAACGGCUGAGGAUGGGAGUGUUUAGUUUUCGAUGUACAUUGAACACGAACUACUUGCACGAACUUAGAUGGUUAAUUCCAUGAAGAAAACCAUUGAUAUGGAUGUCAAUAUUGUCUUUCAGGCUUCUUCAGAAUAGCUCUUUUUAGAAAUUUAAUGUGAAAGCUUGUAAAACUGUUUGACUGGAGCUAUAGUGUUUUCACUGUGAUUGGCGUUGGUA